AUGGGAGUAAACAACACUGAAGGUUCGUUUUUGGUGUUAACUACCAGACCAAUCAAAUUUGGGCCAGCUUCAACAGCUAAUGCAGUUUUCUAUGAUGAAGGAAGGCGGGAAAUUCUAUCCGUUGAUUCAAAUGGAACCAUUACUGUCACAUCUCACAAGGCACACAUUCCGAAGAAAACUAUUCACCUACAACCGACUGGUCAGAUUUAUGCGAUUAAGCUGUCUGAUUCUGGACUCGUUGCAACGCAACGCUCUCAUGUCUCUCUUGAAAUUUUCUUCAAGGACAACUCGUCUGGAAUUGCAGAUAUGUCUGUAUCUCCUUCUGUCAAGCAACAAAUAAUUUCUUACUUUUGGCUGAAAAACGACCAGUUGGCACUUGUCACUACCAAAUCAUUGGAACUCAUUCAAAUUUCCGUGAACACAGCGAAAUCCAAACUGCUUUCGAAGCAAGAAAUUUCCGUAGCUUGGUGCAAGUAUUCGAAGGAGUCGUCUGUCUUCGUCAUUUCUACUGGCCAAGAGAUCUCGGCAUAUUUGUAUGGCAAAGAUUGCAUAACCAAAAUCGCCAAGCUCGACAUUCCUCGAGUCUCAAGCUUGAAAGAAAAGGCAGUUUGGCUUGUUCAGCUUUACAAAACGACCUACAUCUGUCAUUUGAUCGUGCAAAAUGACGAGACUCGGCUUAUUCUGCACCAAGUGAAGAAAAAUUCCGUCACAGAAGAGGCUUUCAUGAUUCUCGGGUCCGCCAAAGAUUCUUACACGCUAAAUGUCGUGGACAGUCUUGUUGUCGUUCACAAUUUGCAGGUGAAAUCAACAUCUGUUUUCGAUGUCCGCGCGAUCCCGUCUGAGCAUGGCCCAUCAAUAACAGGCAGUAUUGUGAGCAUCAAAGGUUUGGCUCCUAUGGUUCCUGGAAAACCAGUCAAAUCAUGCGUUGGUGAAACAACUAAAGACGGAAUCUACAUUCCUCAAAUAUCUUACUUCACUCCAAACAUCAUCGUAGACGUCCGCGACGGAAAACUCUGGGAACUCGAGCUACCCAUUGUGAUCGAACAACUAUUGCAGUGUGGCAUUUUCCCGUCGACAAGUACAGUAGCAUGCGCACUUUUGGCGCAUCCUGAGACACAAGCAAGUGGUUUGGAUAUUCUCAAGCAAGAUAAAAAUUAUCUUCAUGUUGCAGAGGUUCUUCUCAAUAAGGGCGACAUCCCACAAGCACUAAAAUACCACUUGGCAGAGCGAAACUACGACAACUUCAAGAGUCAAAAGUACCUUGACGCGGCGCUCAGACAAGACGAUCAGCUUUUUAGGGAUAUUUAUAGACAUCUUGAAGAAAUGGUGCUUUUACGAAGGCCGAGACCAGCACCUCCAUCGCCCGUGCCUUAUGAUCCCCCAGCGGAAGAAAUCAGGCAUGAGCGACAAAGAUCGCCAACAAGCGAAAUGACAGCGGAUGCUAGUUUUAAAUCAAAAAUUCUGCAUCAUCGAGUCACAACAACUCCUGCAACAGAGAAACGGGAUGAUCAGUCUUCAUCGCGGCAUACAGUUCAAAAACCGAUGGAGCCCGCAUAUAAGCAACAAAAAGAAGAAAAGCUGCAGCAGCGAUCAUACGUCCUUGAUACUGGUCCCGACCCAUUCCCAUAUCGAAGGAACAAACCAAAUAUGCAAGAAAACUCCCUGCUCCAUUAUUACAAACAGAUUGAUGAUAGAGAAGACUUUGAUGAAAUUGAAGAACCAGGAUUUGAACUAGCAGACUUUUCUUAUGCUGGAAAGAUUGAACCUGUACGGACAUUCGGAGGAACAAAGCAGCUUGGUGCUAUAAGAGCAUUCACGAGAACUCUCUGCAAAGACGACCUAACCUUCGUGGACAUCAAUGAACUAGUUACCUUGGAUCCCGUUCCUACUCGCAUUCCUCUGCAUCAGUUCAAACUCCAGCAACAAGCACUAGAAAAACAAGCAAACAAGAACGAAGCUCUCCAAGAAAAAAUCCUAAAAUCAUAUGAACAACAGAUUCCACCCUGCAUUAAACGUCCAGUCAGUGAACUAGAAGAUUACAUAACACUUGAGCCGAGAGAAGAGACACGUGACUAUUUGAACAGUAGAAAUAUUUCAAGAGAGAUGCUUCACGGAACACCAAUCGAUGCAAUGAUUAAAUGUACUCCACCAAGUCAGGUUACACAGUUCCAAGCAAUGUCACGGGAGAAUACGCCAGUAACAGUUGUUCAUCAUCAGUCAGCGCUAAAACAUGUUGUGGAAGAAUCCUUCCAAGACAAUGGUGGUUACACACUUUCUCUCCGUGGCUGGUUUUUGAACCAUCUCAUACGACUCAAUCCGCUUGAGAGGAGCCUCGUCUACCUGAAUCUCUCUUUCAACUCAUUUGAGGAAUUUCCGCCUGCACUCUGGCACUGUAAAAUGCUCAAAGUCCUCAAAUUACGCGACAAUCCAAUAACUGAAAUUCCUCCGGAAAUCAGGGAAUUGAGCAGGCUCAAAAUCGUGAUGUUGUCAUUUUGUAAGAUCGAGAAGAUUUCAAAAGAGUUUUGCGAGCUCCCGGCGCUUGUUUAUUGUGAUUUAUCGUACAACUAUCUGUCUGAGGUGAGACCGGAAUUCGGCCAGCUCAAAACGCUCAAGUAUCUGAAUUUGUCUGGCAAUCAACUUCGUGGCUUCCCGAAACAAAUGAUGAAGCUUAAUCUUGAACGAGUCAAAUUCAAGAACAACUUCAUGCGUGUCGCUUUUUGGAAAGACUUCAAGCUGGUAAAAAGAGAUGAUGAAAUCAAGGAAGAAAAUCAAAAUUCCGAAGAUGAAGAAUUCUCGUGUGAUAUUUGCGGGGCUUCUGCUGGAGCUAACUCGUAUACUGUUCUGCGACCGUGCUCAGAAAUCUGGGGAAAGACAAAAGUUCCGUUCCUGAUGAAAUGCUGCGGCUGGGAUUGUGCUCAGACGGCGAAUGCUGUCCAGUCUGCAACCGAACUUUCUUGA